UUAUGACAUUGAACUGUGCAUGACAGACCAAAACCAGCAGACUGUGGCCCUCAAGGACUGGAGUUGUGCAUGCACCCCAGGGGACCCAGUCUGGGCUGGCCACCCGACAUUUGUAUGUUUCAAGUUUACUACUAAAGCACAACAGAGCUUGAAAUAGCUACGCCUUCCCAUCUCGUCCAUAGCAUCCAUAAACACUCAAGAGAGUCAAGUGACCUCCACUCAACAGGCUACAUGCGGGCAUUUCAUGAAUGCGCACGCAGGUACUUCCCAUCCCUGUCGUGAACGCGGAAUAUGACGUAAGUCACUUGCCGCGCAGUGAUGAUGGCGGUGCGUGAACGCGCAGUAAAAGUAAUGGCUGCUCUGGAACGGCGGGUGCCUAGUCUCGAUGAUUUCGUGGGCGAAAGCUGGAGCGCCUGGGCCGAGAGAGCCAGUGUGACUGCGUCGGAAGGCUCCGAUGGAGAUGACUGCAGCAAGAAUGGGAAGAAAGCAGCCGAGGCAAUGUCUCUUAGGAAGGAAGACAUGUCCAUCUUCGGCCACUACCCGGGCCAAGAUGACUUCUACUUGGUGGUGUGUAGCCACUGUGGCCAGGUGGUCAAGCCCCAGGCUUUUGAGAAGCAUUGUGAGAGGAGACACGGCCCCCUGAGCAAACUGUACGCCCCCCUCCGCUCCCCCCCUCCAGCACCCCAGCAGCGCCCCCGCCAUAGCCACUCCCCAUCCUCCGCCCACGCAACCUCAUCCUGGGAAGGGAGGAGGCAAGGGACUGGGGCACCAAGAGCAGCCCCCCCAUCCACACCCCCACAGUUCAGACACACCAAACCCCCCAAGGAAGUAGUACGCCACUCCCACCUGGAUAAGAGCCCCCACAGCGGCCAUUCUGAAUCAGCUGUGUUCAAGCAGCCUCCACCCCUGGAGCCUCCCCUGAGCUCCCCACCUCCCUCCCUCAGAGACCCACCCUGGCCCCAUGGAGGCACCCCGCCCGGCCGCCACUCCCACCUGGAUAAGAGCCCCCACAGCGGCCAUUCUGAAUCAGCUGUGUUCAAGCAGCCUCCACCCCUGGAGCCUCCCCUGAGCUCCCCACUCCCCUCCCUCAGAGACCCACCCUGGCCCCAUGGAGGCACCCCGCCCGGCCGGCCCUCCACCACCCCGCCCGGCCGGCCCUCCACCACCCCGCCCAGCCAGCCCUCCACCACCCCGCCCGGCUGGCCCUCCACCGGCCGUCCCUCCACCACCUCCCCGCCCGGCCGGCCCUCCACCACCCCCCCGCCCAGCCGGCCCUCCACCACCCCCCCGCCUGGACGGCCCUCCACCACCCCGGCCAGCCGGCCCUCCACCAGUGAGAGGACACACACCCAGAGGAAGGAGGCCAAAACGGUCCCUACCCUCCCUGGCCAUCUCCGUGGACCAAGACCUUACAACAAAGUGGCCUCCAGUGAGUCUUUCUUUCCUUUAACUGUAAUUCAUGCAGGUUUGGGUCACUGA